AUGAAGUUCAUUCCUUCGUUCUCACUCUCACUUCAAACAAUGAUGGCCCUAAUUUUCGUUCCUCUGGUAUCACCAUUCACUGUGAUACUGUCGGAUUCAGGUGUCCCGUCUGCAUUGAUUGAUGCACCACAAACAGGUUUCUCUAUGAACAAGAACGGUGUUCACACCGAUCCUCACGAGCAACAAGCUGUUUAUGACAUAAUGAGGGCAACUGGAAAUGGCUGGGCGACUGACAUUCCGGAUGUUUGUCGUGGCCGAUGGCAUGGGAUUGAGUGCAUGCCUGAUAAAAAUCAAGUUUAUCAUGUUGUGUCACUCUCUUUCGGUGCCCUAUCUGAUGAUACAGCUUUUCCUACAUGUGAUGAGAAACACUCUUUCAUAUCUCCUUCUCUUACAAAACUUCCUCACAUAAAAACACUCUUCUUUUACCGCUGCUUCAGUUACAACCCUCAACCAAUUCCUUCCUUCCUUGGUCAUUUGGGAUCCUCACUCCAAACACUGGUCCUUAGAGAAAAUGGCCAUGUGGGUCUCAUUCCAAACGAGUUAGGUAAUCUUACCCAUUUAAAAAUCCUUGAUCUUCACAACAACAAUCUUAAUGGCUCCAUACCGGCUUCACUGGGGCAGCUGCAGAACCUCAAAUCAUUGGAUUUGAGCCGCAAUUGCUUAUCAGGUUCAAUACCGGCUCUAAGCUACCCAAUUCUGAAUAUACUAGAUUUGAGCCAGAAUCUCCUUGCACAUUUUAUUCCUACGAGCAUAGGAGAGUGUCCUUCCCUUAUAAAACUAGAUUUGAGCAGAAACCGUCUCUCGGGAUCCAUACCAAGUUCGAUCAGUGGCCUUACAAGUUUAAUUCUUAUGGAUCUAAGUUACAAUCAAUUGUCGGGUCCACUUCCAAUAGCUCUAGGAAAACUGAAUUCACUCCAAGCUCUGAUACUAAAAGGGAACCGCUUAGAGUCGACUGUAAUUCCCAGUGUAGGCUUCAAUGGGUUGGAAGAGUUGACAACUUUGGUCCUUUCUGAUAUGGCACUACAAGGAUCAAUACCGAAGUGGCUUGGCGAAUUACCUAAACUUCGUGUCAUUCAUUUAGAUAGAAACCAUCUUAAUGGUUCAAUUCCAAGAAGCUUUCAAGGCCUAAAGGUUCUCAGUGAGUUGAGAUUAAAUGAUAACCAAUUGGUUGGUCGGCUUCCAUUUAAGAAAGAAACCGUCUGGAAAAUGGGUGGAAAGCUAAGGCUCUACAACAAUUCUGGUCUAUGUUAUGAUGCAAGUUUUGUACCAGAAGAAGAUACAGGUUCCUUCGCUGCGGGCGUCGGUUAUUGCGAGUCAUCGUAAAUAGUCCACGAUAACUAGCCAUUAUAUGACUAUACAUUUUUCAUGUUCAGUUCUAAAGAUACAGGUUCCGCUACGUCUAAUACUUCUGAUUCUACCGAUUUUCUUGAAGUCUUACAGUGAGGAAGGGAGCAUUUCAUCAUAGUCACCAAUCCAUCAACUAUUGAUUCAAGUCUUAUCAGCAGCAUAUUUGUUUAUAUGCAUAUAGUUAAAUACCAAGAAGUUGUACCUGUAAUGGCACAUGACAUGUGACUCGUGGACCGAUAGGGACCAUGUGACUUUCGUCAGUAAGUGAGUGACUGCCUGGAGUUAGAAAAAGCUAAAAUGAAAUCUGGAAUCUUAGUUCUUGCAGAAAAGUUGAGUAACAUAGCACCC